ACUAGUACUGUUUUUCUUACAGCGGAUGGAAGCAUUAAGUUAUUCGCUAUUCCUAUAAUGAAAUGUCUCCGAGACUCAAGGCUUUAAUUUCAUAUUUUCUGCCGAAUAUUUUAUUUGGCUGAUUUCAGUUCUUUCCAGAAAAGUACAACGCAAGGCUGGGCGCAGGUAAAACGGAUAACAUGGCAGUUAAGAGCGUCCUUUGAAGUCUUUCCCUUUUCGUCGCUGGAUUGAUCGUGUAAUUGAGAGGGAGAGGCGCCGUGUUGUCCGAAAAGCCUCAUGUUUUCACCGGGUCAAGAGGAGCACUGUGCGCCGACCAAAGAGCCAGUAAAGUACGGCGAACUGGUGGUUUUAGGGUACAAUGGCUCACUCCCCAAUGGAGAGAGAGGGCGAAGGAAAAGCCGGUUUGCCCUUUACAAGAGAGCCAAAGCCAAUGGGGUCAAGCCCAGCACUGUACACAUCCUUAACACACCACAAGCCAGCAAGGCAGUGAACUGUAAGGGCCAGCACAGCAUCUCCUACACGCUGUCCCGAAACCAGACGGUGGUGGUGGAGUAUAGCCAUGAUAAGGACACGGACAUGUUCCAGAUUGGUCGAUCAACGGAGGGCCCGAUUGACUUUGUGGUGACUGACACUGUGUCAGGGGGAGGAGAGAGUGAGGAGACCCCCAUCACUCAAAGCACCAUCUCCCGCUUUGCCUGCCGGGUGGUGUGUGAGCGUAACCCACCGUACACCGCACGUAUCUACGCUGCAGGCUUCGAUUCUUCCAAGAAUAUAUUUCUCGGAGAAAAAGCAGCCAAAUGGAAGAAUCCAGAUGGUCACAUGGACGGUUUGACUACCAAUGGGGUGCUGGUCAUGCACCCGCGGGGUGGGUUCACGGAAGAAUCCAAGCCUGGCGUGUGGAGGGAGAUAUCAGUGUGUGGAGAUGUUUACACACUAAGAGAAACACGCUCCGCUCAAACUCGAGGAAAACUGGUGGAGACUGAAAGUAACGUUCUGCAGGACGGCUCUCUGGUUGACCUUUGUGGAGCAACACUUCUCUGGCGCACCGCUGACGGCCUUUUCCACACCCCCACACAGAAGCAUCUGGAGGCCUUGCGGCAGGAGCUGAAUGCAGCCCGGCCCCAGUGCCCUGUGGGCCUCAACACACUGGCCUUUCCCAGCAUGCAACGCUGCAGUCGUGCCCUGAGCAGCGUCCCCGCCCAGGAAGACAAACAGCCCUGGGUCUACCUUGCCUGUGGUCAUGUUCACGGCUACCAUGACUGGGGCCACCGUUCAGAGCGGGAGUCCAAUGCCCAAAGAGAGUGUCCCAUGUGCAGAGCCGUGGGUCCCUAUGUGCCACUCUGGCUCGGAUGUGAACCGGCCUUCUACGUAGACACUGGUGCGCCAACACACGUCUUCGUACCUUGUGGCCACGUGUGCUCUGAAAAGUCCACCCGCUAUUGGGCAGAGAUUCCUUUGCCACACGGCACCCACGCUUUCCACGCUGCCUGUCCUUUUUGUGCUACUCAACUCAAUCUGACACAAAAGUGGGCCAAGCUUAUCUUUCAGGGGCCUGUAGACUGAGUGUUGAGGAGGUCAUGGGGAACUGUUGGAUUGUUGUCUAAUUGAAGGGGAAUCCAGUAUGCUGAAGGAUGAUUAGUUGAAGGUGUCAUUUUUAAGGAAAGACUCAAACCACAAGCUGUGAAGCUGCCCUUGAUCUGCUGAUGCUGGAGAGCAGGUUUCUGUUCAGACGACCGUUGCCUUGGCGUAUGACAGGAGGCAUAAUUCCCUCAUCAUUUCCUGACCUUAUUGUCUACAGGCCUUCAAGAUGUCAGAUCACACCAGCAUUACCACAUCGCUCAGGAUAUUUAAUACAGUUCUUCAAUCCAGGACACUUUGCUUUAGACCUGAGGUGCUGCUUCUGGUUCCUGGUGAUCGACGUUCCUGUGGAGUUUUGUUGCUUUAAUAAUCCUUCCAGUGAUUUCCAAAGAACUCCAUUAUCUGAUUCUAGUGUGUCGGGUUGGAGCGAAACUGUGCAGGAUAGUUGGAGUCCAAGGAGCAGCAAUGAACAUCCAUUAUCCAUUAAGUAGUUCAGUGUGUGGGGAUAUUCCCAAAGGUCCGGAUCCAAUAUCCCAAACUCCACUGAGGGCUUCUACAGAAAGGGUUGGAGCAGAUAUUCGGGAUCUACAAUACUAAAAUGGUUUUCCAAAGAUAAAAAGGGCGAUCUUGAGUUUUUAUAUUAUCCUUUAUAUGAAGAGCUAGCAACAUUAACACUCCUUAUAGAUUUUGCAGGAAUGCUGAUCAGACACAGUGGAAGCUUCAUUUUGAAAAUGAAUUAGUGAUUUUUAGCCUAGUCCUCCUAGUGUUCACUUACUUCAGAGAUGUCAAGUGUUCUAAAACUAACAUGUCUUUGCAUAAAAUCUUUAAUAGUAUUUUUAUUCAUACCGGGCUUACCGGUAACAAGAUUAACAAAGGAUGCAGCCAAAUAUUUUUGGAAAUGGCUGUGGAGUUAAUAACUAAAUGAAGUAUUCCUAGUGAUGUUUUACCAUGUCCCAAUAAUAUUUCGGUACAUAUUUUGGCUUCUUUGAUUAUCACACAUAGAUGUUGGUGUACAAUUAGAGGGGAAAAAAAUGGAGUAUUCUGCAAUCAAAUGUUGAAAAUGAUUCGAUUGUGAGGUAAUCAAAUGAUGAUGAUGGAUGUUUCUGAUGUGCAGGAGCUUUGAGCCUGUGAUCCUUUUAAUAACCAUUUGCAUUGGUCAAAAUUCAUUCUAUUUCCACUUUUUUAUAAGCUUGUUAUGAGAUUAACUUUUAUUCCACUAUUUUCUUAAGAUUUAUAAAGAGACCGUUUCUUAUGCCUGAAGACAUUUUUACAAGGGUGUUGAGAAGAUAUUUUAGGCAUACUUAAAGAGGUAUUUUUUUAACUGCUUGCAUUAACAGAGCCUUUUUAACUCACUGAGAAGUAUUUUACUACACAAGCCCAAUGUACAGUUUGUUUUAAAUCAGAUACUAAUAUAUUCAGUUAUGUACUUUACCAUGUGGUAUAGGUGUCUGUGUGAAUGUAUCUGCUUGAACUACAUCUGGUCAUCACUCUUGUAAAUGCAUGCUGCAUCUGGAUACUUAACCUGUGAACAGACACUUUAUUUUUUAUGUUUUAUUCAUACUCUAGGCCAAUGAUUUCAAACCCCACCGCCCUGCAUUGUUUAACUCACUUCCAACUCACACCUGCCUAAUGGUCUUUAGUAGUCUUAAACACCCUGAUUAGUUGGAUCAGCAGUGUUUGAUUAGGGUUGAAGCAAAAUUGUGCAGAGCAGUGGCCCUCCAGGAAUCCAGUUUAAAACCUAUGCUCUAAGCUUUUGUCCAUGUUUGUUUUGAAAAAUAACCCAAGACUCCCAAUGUUAUUUUCAGACCCAGUAUGAGAUGUUAAAGGAACACUGUAAAAUGUCAGCUUGGAUUUCAUUUGUAAAUGAAUUCAUUUUAUUAGUUCUGAUAUACAGGCAGUUUUUGUGGUAUACUUGCGUUUAGAUGGGCGUUUUAUUUUAUUAAAAUGAAUAACAGUGAAGUUGUCACACCAAAUGCUAAAUGAACUGGGUUUGGGGAGUAUAUUUACUUGGGCAAAGCUACUGUUUUAUUAAUGAUGCUAAUGUAAGGCUCUCUUCCAUGUGGUGUUAACGUAAAAAUGGCCAAACAUGUUUUGAAAAUGCCAAAAAAGGAUUUUAGGAAAGCUCUUUGUACAUUUUAGUCAUUUCAAGUUGCAGGGAGCACAAUUCAUGUGUAAAUGAUUGUAAAUUUCAAUUGUGCAAAAUGUAGGCACAAUAAAUCUUACACUACAGGA